AUGCAAGACGAAGGUCGAAAAGAAGAUGAUCGACAUCAUCUUUCAAUGGAACCUUUUAAAAUGGAAAUAAACUGCCCAACUGCCAAUCUUGAUCGUUACAUGAAUACAAUCAAAGAUACAAUAGCCUCUUUCAAGCCUAUAGUUUAUCCAGAGAUCGUAUCUAAUAAUUCCUAA